UUUUAAUCACUUAUCACUAUUGACUAUGGCCGGUGUGUUAGUUAAGCACAAUGCACCUAUUUUUAUUCACAAUUCUCCACGUAAUCUAGUGGUAUUGGGCUCUUGGUGAAGUGCCGCCUCUGCUUGCAUAUAAUAAUGCAUGAACACUACCACGAUUAUUUGAGGGAUUAAUUACACGCAUAGCUAACGAAUAGGCUAUCUAAAAUAUACCAGUGUCUUUUCAACUGCUGUGUAUUUGUGAUACUAACGAAGUAAAGGGUGCAUGUGUUACUAGCAGACUACUAUUAGUUCUGAGUUAGUAGUGACUACUAUGACACUGUUUACAGUUAUUAUUGGCUAUCAAAUAAUGGUUGUUUUGUUGUUUUCAUCAUUUACUGCAUCAGAGAGAGAUCUGGCUCUUGGUAAGGAUUCGGAUAAACAAUUAACAACACUUAAACUUCCUCCCUGCCAAGCGUGUAAAAUGGUUGUUGAAUCUUUUAUCAAGGGAAUGGAACGUACAGCCAGAAACCAUUUUGGUGGAGGAGACACUGCAUGGGAAGAAAAAAAUCUAGGAUCAUACGCUACAAGUGAGGUGCGCUUAGUUGAGAUUCAAGAGCACCUAUGUGAAGAUGACAGAGCAAGAGACCAAUGCUUGACUCUAGCGGAGGCGUGGGAGCAACACUUGGAGGACUGGUGGCUGGGAGACCGCAAAGAAAACUCUGACUUGACACAGUACCUCUGUGUGGAUAGGGUAAAGCACUGCUGUGCUAGCGGCCACUUUGGGCCUACAUGUCAGCCAUGUCCUGGCUUUCCUGAUAACAUCUGUAAUAACAAUGGCAAGUGCAAAGGAAACGGAACUAGGAAAGGCGAUGGCAAGUGCAAUUGUGAUGUGGGCUAUACCGGCCAGUUCUGCGACAGUUGUGACACCAAUUAUUACAUCUCAUACAAAGAUGAGAAGAAGUUGUUGUGUUCCAAAUGUCACACAGCAUGUGAAGGUCCAUGUACUCAAGCAGGAGUCAAAGGAUGCCUGGCAUGUACAGAGGGCUGGAUCAUGGACUCUGAGAGAGGCUGUCUAGAUGUCAACGAGUGUUUUGCCUCAACAGCUCCUUGUAAGAGAAAUGAAUUCUGUGUGAACAAUGAGGGUUCUUAUUCUUGCCUUGCGUGUGACCCGUCCUGUGAGGGAUGUUCAGGGGAUGGACCAGACAUGUGCGAUGAAUGUGCCAAUGGCUUCCUACUCAAGGACAACAUGUGUAUUGAUUCUAGCGGUGAUGGAUCAUACUCAGAUACAACAAGAUACCUGACAUACCUAGGUCUCUGUGUGGCAACCUGCAUAAUCUUCCACAACAGCCCUGUUCUUGCAAGUGGGGUGGGCUUGUGUGUAGCUCUCUAUGUCACAGCAUCAGAGUACAUGCUCGGUACCCUUCAAAACAACAAUUUCCUCUCUACUGUUUUAAAAUAUUUUAAAAGCUAAUAAUUGGGUGUUAAACCAUCCUAAAAAUACUUUAAAACUCAAAUGUGUUGUAUUUUGAAAAGAAGACUUCUGCAUAAUUUAAGAAAUGGCCUACUCAUAUUUGAUACAUUUACUUUUUUAGAAUGUUGCAAAAACACGUUUUAUGUAUGCAUGUAAAUAGUAUAACCAAUAAUUGUAGUAUCAAAUACUUAUCUGUUGGUUCAUUAUUUCAGCUUUUGUUUGUUUAUUUGUAACUGUGCAGGAUUUUAAUAAAUUUAGUUUCACUUUGAA